AUGGCCGUUUCUCUGAUAACGGGAGUUGUUGGUUUUUUUGGAUUUGGCGCCUCUGUUGAGUACCAGACACAUUGGUCAGGUCCAGUGCUGUGCUUUGGGCUGGCCAACAUGAGCUUGGUGUUUGCCGCCACCUGUGUGUUUGGAUACAUUGUGGACAGUUACCGUGAACUGAACGAAGAGGCAUUUGUGGCCAUAAAUACUAGGAAUCUGUUGACAUUUGGCUUGACCUACUUUGUAAAUGGGUGGCUGCAACAGCAGGGUCCGCUUGUUGUGUUUUGUAUCCUCGGAGCGCUGUUUGUCUUUGUCACUUUGUUGACAAUCCCGUUAUGGAUCUUUGGCAAGAAAUUCAGAAGCUUUACCGGGCGGAAUCGAUGGCUCCAGAGGUUCAUGAAUGAUAAUGAGUAA